AUGUCAUCACUUGAUAGCUCUUCCUCCCUUUCGGAAAGAAAAUUGAACAAACAAGAAGACUGCUCUAAAAUUAUUCUCUUUGAUUUUGUGUGCAAUAGUCAAUCAAGUUUACAUUCCGAUAAAGCUCGAAAUGAUCAUCACCAAUUAUUAUCACUCCUAAAGAAGAAGAUUAGCACGCCUAAAGGCGUGAGCUUUCCACUCGCUACCUAUUCAUCAAUUGAUGCUGUUCAAAGUUUGCCAACUGAUUUCUUUUCCUAUGAAGUUAAAAUUCUCUACAAGUACAAUGCCAUUCUUUUGGGUGGGAAUAACAAGACAUUCUAUUUAUUAGAUAUUGAUACUAGAAAAGUGAAACAGAUUAUUGCUGUGGAGGGAUUGAGAGGGAAUUGUUUUCAUGUGGAGGAGUGUGCUAUUGAUGGACAGGAUUAUAUUUAUGUGACUAGUUGUAAUUUAAUCAAAUAUAAUUUGACCAUGUUGAUUCAGGGUAAAUCAUCUCACGAGUGCUUGGUGUGGAGGUCGGAUUAUCAAUUACCUAAUUCGUGGGGAGUGGCAAAUUUCAAGAAUGAUGUGUAUGUGUGUGAUUUUGAGAAGGGAUUAUUGAGAUUUGAGAAGAGUAACGGCAAGUUCAUUUCUUUAAAUCGUGGAAAUGGUAUGUAUGGUGUUGCCUUCACUCCAGAAGAUGAAAUGAUAUUGAGUCAUGCAGAUCAUUUUGAGCAACGAUUGGAAAUUCAUACUAUGAAUCAGAAUGGAGAGUGGAUUUUAAGAAAUGUCAAGAAAAAUUCAGAAACGAACAUCUUUAUGGAUCCAUAUAGUAUUUUCUAUGAACCCAUUACACAAUACAUUUAUGUGAGCGAUUGUACAAAUGGAAAGAUUGUCGUUUUAGAUAAAUUAUCACUCAAUGUGGUGAAAAAUAUUGAGGGUUUGAGUAUGAAUUAUGCAAUUGGUGUAGAUAAAAGGAAUGGAAACUUGUAUGUUUGUACUGGAAAUGGUGGAACAUUACAUUGGAUACAUUAA